AUUUUCAGGCUGUGUCUCGUCUGUAUCUUGUAGUUUGAUAACUCAAGUCUGUUUUAGCAGUUCGCUAUGCAGUUGCUAUUUGCGUUGAAUGCAUGUUAACAAAUCAUUUCAGAGGUGUCAGGUUAGUUUUUAGGUCAUUUGAAGAUUUUCUGCCAUGUAGAGCUGCAGACUGGCUGUCCUGUCCUCGCUGUUUACAUCCCUGUCGUAGUUUCAAUGGGGAAAAGGAAAGAAAUGAUUCACCCCAGGUUUCUCGGUGAAGGUGGCUCUGGACUUCACAGCGUUCACAAGCGGAAACACAAAAAGCACAAGAAGCACAAGAAGAAGCAUCACAACUUCACCGAGGCUCCGGAGCCCGAGCCCGUCGUGGUUCCUCGUCCUCCCCCGCAGCUCCGACUCAAGAUCAAACUGGGAGGACAGACGCUGGGAACCAAGAGUGUUCCAACCUUCACUGUGCAUCCCGGCGUGGCUCGUCCUCCCUCGCCGUUGAUGAUCAUCGAUAACAACGAUGAUGACGACGACGAUGAUGACGAUGACGAUGAUGAGGAGCCCUCUGUGCCUCUGGAGCAGUACCGGGCCUGGCUGGAUGAAGACAGUAACCUGGCAACGUCUCCUCUACCAGACAUGGACUCAGACUCUAUGAUGGGCGGGCCUGUAGACGAGGAGGAGAGGUGGCUGGACGCUCUGGAGAAGGGAGAACUCGACGACAACGGAGAGCUGAAGAAGGAAGUGGACGAGUCGCUGCUCACAGCCAGACAGAAAGCGCUGCUACACAAGCAGCAGAUCCAGCCUCUCCUGGAGCUCCCCAUGGGCUACAAGGAGAAGGAGAUGACCGCAGAGAUGAUGCAGAAGCGGGAAGAGCGAGCUCGAAAGAGACGCCUGCAGGCCGCCAAGAAGGCGGAAGAGAACAAGAACCAGACAAUAGAAAGACUGACGAAAACCAGCAAAGCAAAGAUUAAAAGCAUGAAAGAGAAGAAGUCCAAGCAGAGUCAGUGUCCUAUGGUCCGCUACAGCGACUCCGUCCAGGGCGUGACCAUCUCCUUCCCCACCGGAGUCCCCACUCCAGCCUCUGCACCUCCCUGUCCUCCACCUCCAUCUCCCGCCAGCUGCGGGGUCAACGGGUGCAGCAACCUGAAGAAGUACUCCUGCUCCAAGACCGGGGUUCCUCUCUGCAGCCUCGAGUGCUACAAGAGGAACCUGCUGCUCGUGCAGAGCGCAGCCUGAACUGUGACGCUCCAAACCGGACGCAGUCUGAACGGAUGAAGAGGAUGGAAACUACAUGGAAGAGAGAAGUAUAAUUUGAGCUUUACACUUCAAAUAUAAAUCUUUUUAGGACUCUGAAGUGUGACGUGGAUCAACUUUUUAUAGACUUACCUUAGUUUUGUUUGCAGCUGUGUCAUAUUAAUUAUGUUUUUCCUGCAGUGAAGCUCGUUACACAACUCAAUUAUGUACAUUUUUUAAGGUCUCAAUCUGUGUGCUGCUCAAACAUAAUAUUUAUGAUUUGAAGAGGAUCCGUUUGAAGACAUAAGAUGCAUAUUUUUGUACCAGUAUUGAGACGCUAGUGUUGUUUCCACCAGCUGGAUUAUUUUUCAUUUUGUUAAUAAUGUAAAAAAAAUUAUGCUCUUAAGACUGACGAGGGUCGUCGAUGACGAGCAUGUUUGAUUUGAAAGAAUAAAACAGAAACUGAAUCGCUUUUUUAAUCUCA